AUGUCACGCCCAAUAUUCAAUGGAGGCGACUUUGUGCAUAAUAAUACAGUAGCACAGGCGGCCGAUCGAAUCUUGCCCUUAUUUUCGCUUAAAGGAAGGACGGCCAUCGUAACAGGAGCCGCUUCAGGAAUUGGCCAUGCAGUCGUUCAAGCACUCGCGGAAUCAGGUGCUAACGUCGCGUUUACCUAUAAUAGUAACAAGGACAAAGCCAUCGAGGGCGCAAAGGCGAUUGAGAAAACAUACAAUGUGCAAUGUCGAGCAUACAAGCUAGACGUGACAGCGGAGCUGGAUAUCGAAGAAACAAUCAAUCAAAUCGUUCGGGAAUUCAACGGCCGUCUCGACGUAUUUGUUGCCAAUAGCGGCGUGCCAUGGCUUCAAGGCGAUGCGGUUGACGGCGACACUUCGCACUACCGCAAAGUAAUGGCCACGAAUCUCGACGGCGUCUUCUUCUGCGCCCGGGCCGCAGGAAAGCACUGGCGAAGACAGGCAGCAGAAGGCACGACAAUGGAUGGCAACAAUCUCGCAGGCUUUAAGCAGGGCAGUUUCAUCGCUACAGCGAGCAUGUGUGGACAUGUCGUAAAUAUCCCAUUGAAGCAGGCGCCUUACAAUGCUUCCAAGGCGGCUGUCAUACAUCUUUGCAAAUCUCUCGCAGUAGAAUGGGUUGGGUUUGCGCGCUGUAAUAUAGUCUCUCCGGGUUAUGUGGCCUCAGAGGUCAUGCAUCAAGUUCCAGAAGAACUCUUGACCCAUUUCAAAAACAAGACUCCCAUGGGUCGGUUGGCUCUUCCGGGAGAGAUGAAAGGUGCUUACCUCUAUCUCGCGUCUGAUGCCUCUAGCUUCGCAACCGGCACGGAUAUUAUUGUCGACGGUGGGUACUCGGUCACGUAGGUGGUUCAGCAUUAUAUUUGGAGCAAAUAAGGAUGAAGAAAUUGCUGUACUUGUUAAGGAAACAGGUAGUUCAGUGCAGAUGCAGAGGUCCGGACAGACUACGCCGCAUAGGGCUAGGCUGUCACGUGGAUACAAGAGCAGAUACAUACUUGAGCGCAUCACACAGAUCUUUGCUCUUUAGUCAACUCAAUACUACUGAUUCUACCCUGCUUGCUUCCCAC